UGAGCGGAAGUCAAGCCUUAUGAUGUAAUACACUAGAAAGUUCCCCGGAUUAUAAGUACAGUACGAAGGUCAGUAGCGCGCAGACAGAGUAUAGUCAUCUUAAAACAGCAGAACUUUCAGCGAGUCUCGGAUUUUUUUCUGGAUUUAGUUAUAAAAAAGCAACAUGCCAAGAGGAAGCCGAAGCAGAACUUCGAGGAUGAGUCCUCCAAGUUACUCCUCCCCACCAAUGGCUAGAGCAGCUCCUCCACGCUCGUACGCUCCAGCGCCCGCUCCGGCUCCACCGUCGGCGGUGGCGGCUCCUGCUGCUGCUCCCCGUCAGCCGGGGAUGUUCGCUCAGAUGGCGACCACCGCGGCGGGCGUUGCGGUCGGCUCUGCUGUCGGACACACGUUAGGUCAUGCCAUGACUGGCGGCUUCAGCGGAGGUGGUCAGACAGAGGCUGCCAGGCCAGAUGUCACCUAUCAGGAGCCCUACCAGGCUCAGCCCAUGUACCAGCAGCAGCAGCAGCAGAGUCCCUGUGGAUACGAGCUGAAGCAGUUCAUCGAGUGUGCUCAGACACAGAGCGACCUCAAACUCUGCGAGGGCUUCAGCGAAGUACUGAAACAAUGCAAAUUCUCCAAUGGACUGUCAUGAGGUUUGGAUUGAAGACAUGAACACAGCUAUUCCAGAGCCAUUCACUGUCUUCUUGCUUCUGGAAAAUGAUUCCUCUUAAAAAUGCAUCUCAGUCAGAUAUUAGGGCCUAUGUGACAAAUAAAAGAAGAAAUGCUGUGUAACAUAUGUGAUGCAUAGUAUUUAUAUAUCUGGUGUAGAUAACUAGCUUUCUGAUUUUUUUCUUCUGCUUAAGUUACUGUAGAAGAGAUCACAGUGUGUAUUUCUCUGCAGGAGAAUCUUUGAUAUUAUUAAAAAUGUUUAAUUCAAAUGAUGUGUUCUUGAAUGGUGAAUAAUAAAAGGAUCAGAAACAUUCAA